GUAGACUCGGAAGACAUUAUAUCUUGUUUAUUUUGUCAGACAUUAUGCCUGCAAAAAAACCUCAGAGCAGAAACAGAGAACAACCUUUGAGAAACACUGUCGAAAAUGUGCAAUGGGAACUACCAGCACCUGCUGCAAGGCCGGUCCAGGCUUGGGGAACAGUGCAGGGAAUUCCGAUGUCUGGGGCACCGAGUCAUCAAACAUGGCCCACACCCUCACACGAUGGCCCAAAGCAUGAAACACCGCCUUUGGAGGAAGCACAAUCAGAAGGUGAAGACUACUUUGACGACAUAGGUUUUCCAGAAACAGAUGUAACUUUAGUUGUAGAAGAUAAGAAAAUUCAUGUAAACAAAGCUGUCCUUUCCCAACAUUCACCAGUGUUUAACGCCAUGUUUACUGGAAAUUUCAAAGAGAUGACUGCAAAGGAAGUAACUCUAAAAAACAAAAAGGCAAAGGAUGUGGUAGAGUUUCUAAGAUGUUUUUAUCCAAACAUGAAGCACCCAAUAACAGAACACAGCGUAUUACAGAUUUUACCUUUGGCACAUGAGUACCAGUCUGCGGUUGUAGCUGAUUGUGAGGAAUUUAUGAUAAGCAUGUGUAAACCAGGAACGAGUCUGACAGUGACGUCAUUUCUGGAUUACAUUCUACAAGCUGAAAAAUAUGACCUGCGGAAAUUUCUAGAUUCCGCUGUUAAAUUUUGUGCCCACAUUGAUUUUGAUCUUCUCAACGGAAAGACAUUUAAAAAAAAAGCUUAUUAUGGUGCCAUACCCGUGAUGCCCAGUUAUAAUUAUACGUCAGGUCAACAAAAUAACGCCGACAACCUAACAGACCUCUUAUAUGAUGUACAGGAGAUGGAAAAAAUCUCUUUAAAGUUUAAGGAAUUAGAUCUAAAAACCCGGCAUGCAAUAGCAGAAAAAAGACUCCAAGUUCUUGAGAUGAAUAGUAGAAAGAUACGCGAUCAUAAUAUAAAUCCUUUUCAAGCAGAUCACAAGAUGAAUUUAUUAUAA